UCUCGGAAGUUACGUCAGGUCAGUAAACAACAUGUCGGACGACAGGCUAAGGUGGGAAUUGACGGCCCUUGGCUUCACACCGGGACCGAUCACCGACACCACCAGAGAUGUACUCAAAAGGAAGCUGCACCAGCUGCGCAUCGAGUCCACGUACAGACGGUCAACUAAUGGCGGUGGGAGCAAUGGGAACGGAGCUGUGGGAGCAGACCAUGACAAUGGCCAUUACCAGGAGGACGACGAGGACGAGGUUUACGAUGAGAUUCUAAUCGAUAAUGGAGACUAUCGGAAUGCACACGGAUCUAGUUUGCUUGCAGGAGGGGCAGGGCACACUAGGAGGGCAGUUCAACGUCGGUCCUGGGGGCCAAGUGCGGCUCCCAGGGAGGUGGUGGGGGCAGCGAGGAGUGGGCCCCCGAAUACUCAGCCCCUCAGGAGGAGUGUGGGAGCCACCAGCCGGGAUCACGGCCCACAGAGAGCCCCCCAGUAUGGAGCAGACAGUCUGAGGGGUGCGGACUAUGGGAGCAGGGGGAGAUUGGUGGAGGAAAACAGAGCUUCGUACAGAAUCCCCUACCAGUUCGAUAACUAUAGAACAUACGACUCUCUAGCAGCGAGAAGGGAAGAACCCUCUGUGUCUGCCAGGGAUGGUGGCUCUGUGAGACAAAGGAAACCAAGUUGGACCCGUAACCUUGAGUAUUAUCUGUCAAGACUACUGUGGGGUCUGUCAGUAGUGCUGGUGUUAGUCUUCAUUGGGAUGCUGGUUGUAAAGAGUGGGAUGCUGAACGCACCGCAGGAGAGCAAAAUUAAUCAGCUUUCUUUUGACUGUGAAGGCAAAGAUGACCAGUUUUGCAAAGACAAUGAAAAGAAAAUUACUUUCCAAAUCUUGUCAGAAUUGUUUGACUUUCUGUCUUUGGAAGCUGGUAGAUUUGAUUGUGGUAACCCUACAGGUCUGAGCAGCAAAUGCAUCCCUAUCAUCACAGCAAGAGCACAUGUCACUAAUAUCAGUGGUCAGCCACCUCAGAAAUUUGAUGCUGCUCUUGAAUGGGUGCUGAAAAGUAACACACAUUUUGGGAUAUGGGUGAAAGGUGAGGAUAGUACAGAGACCGUCACCACAAGAGAACACGCCUCCUGUGUGGAAUCGUCAAGACCUCGUCUUGGAAUACUUUGUAGAUUAAAGAAUGCAUUUUGCAUUGUACUUUCCACCAUGUUCCUUGCUGUUUUUGGUAUCCUCCUCCUUUGGUUAGUUGUGGUUUUUUUGAGAUAUCAUUGGAGAAAACUAGAAGAAGAAGAAAAGCAGAUGUUUGAGAUGGUGGAGAAAAUAAUUGAUGCUGUGAAAUCCCAUUAUAGAGAAUUUAUUCAAAGGGCUGAAGAUAGUCCUUAUGUUGGCAUUGUGCAUGUCAGAGACACAUUAAUACCUCCCCAGGACAGGAAACGUCUGAAAAAAGUAUGGGAGCGUGCAGUGCAGUUUGUGGAAAACCAUGAAUCGCGGCUUCGUACUGAAUCACAGCGUGUUGCUGGGGCCGAUUUAAGAGUAUGGCGUUGGACUCAAGUCCUCAGCGAAUACAGUGGCAUUACAUCUGCUCAAAAUCUUUAACACAUG